UUAUUCGGUAUUUUCAAAGCUUUUCUUUUUAUUUUUCUGGUCAACGCACGGAUCUAUAAAGCUUCGACUACCAGCGCUUGCCACGUAGAAAGAACCACUAUGCCUUCUCGCUGGAAGAAAAGGGCAGAAGUAAAGAGCGAUUGUUAGCUAGUGCAGCGAAGAAGCAGAGGCAAGAAUGGCGGCUUACCUGAUUCUCAUUCCCGCUAUUUUCAGUUGUUUCUUCUUCUCUCUCGCAUCCCAAAAUGAACAAAAUAGCAACUACAACCUCUUGAUCCGUGAAUUGCACGACACCAAGCUCAAGAUCUCUCGUUUGGAAUCCGUUCUUGACGAAAGCAUUCAAAACGGAAAUGCUAAAACCCUUUAUCUCAAGGAACGCGAGAAGCUCCUCGAGGAGAUGGCCGACAAGAUCACUUAUCUGCAGUCUACUCUAUCCAGUCUUAAGGAUGACUCUUUACUUGCUGAUGAAAGACUUAAGGAUCUGGAAGAGGAGGUACGUCUGCUUUGGGCUGUUUCAAGAAAGAACAAUUUUGAACUUCAUGUUUUAGAAUCGAAAGCACAGGAGGCUGAGAAUAAACUGGAAGUGGUUACUUUAAAAGUUGAAAAGAUGGCAGAAGUUGUUACAGAACAAUGGAUUCAAAUUCAACAUCUUGAGCAGGCACUUCAAAUUGCUGAAAUGAGGGCAUUGCAAGCUCGAAGAGAAAGGAAUAUGAGAUGCACAUUCUUGAAGUUCAUUAGCGACCUUUCUGAAAGACAUCUUCCAAAGAUGUUUGGGGCAUUGGGUUCUAAUUCUUUGAGCAAAGGAUCUGCUAUAAAUUAUUACAUCCCUCAAGCUCUGCAACAAUUGAGAAGAUUAUACUCAGCAAUUAAAAAGUAUCACCAUGAGUUGCAAGGUUUCAUCAAACAAGAAAUGAGAAGAAAUGAAUUCACUGCAGCUCUUCUCAAUGAUGAACUGGUAUUCUUCCUGGCUUCUGCUUUGAUUACCUUCCCUAUACUGAGUGCUUGGAUGCUGCUGUUAUCACAGUUCAGCUAGGUCAAGAAACCUUACCUUCCAUUCAAGUGUAGUAGCUUGCCCUGAAAUACUGGAUACCAUCCAAGCUGCUGCAGUUUGUGUCCUAUUCUCUCUUUUACAUUUUGGUUUUGCUAUUAAGAAAUGAAAGAAGAGUUUGACACA